CCCUUGUACCGACCAGCAAUCCGCGCACGCGCAGCCGCCUCCCUUUGUUCGCGCCCACUUCCAGCCAGGCCACCGCCGCCGCCGCCGACCGAAGCAGCCGACGGCGACCACCGCCGCGGCGAGGGAUCGGUGCGUAAGCUUGGCGGCGGGCCGCUCCGCACGCGGGAGGGAGCGCCGUAGCCGCCCUUCCCCCCACCCUCUACACCCCCUCGCCGGCGGCGAACACGGCGCGCGAUGGGAGGCGCGCGCGCGCAGGUGAACAAGCCGCACAAGACACGCUUCGCCUCCAAGGCGUCGCGCCACGCGCACAAGAUCGAUAAGGUCAGGACCGGGAAGCCGGAGGGCAGCCACCGCGCCGCCGUCAAGGGGGCCCGCGCCGCGCGCGUCCAGCGGAGCAAGGCGAUCCGUGAUCAGAAACGUGCUGCUUUGCUGAAGGAGAAGCGCUCUUCCGUUGGAUCUUCGAGUGCGCCCCGUGUCGUUGUUCUUUUUGGCCUUUCCUCGUCGGCAAAUGUCAGAUCACUUGCCAAAGACCUUUUAACCAUUGCUUCUGGUGAUGAAGAGAAACCAACUUCUUCCACUGUUGCUUCUCCUACAUAUAAACUUCGAACCACGGUACUUGAAGCACCUUAUGGUGAUCUUACAUCAUGCAUGGAACUGGCAAAGGUUGCUGAUUUGCUAGCAUUUGUACUAUCAGCAAAUUCAUUAUACGAUUGUGAUUCGAGCAGUCCAAUUGAUGAUUUUGGAUCACAAUGCUUGUCUGUUUUUCGGGCCAUGGGCUUACCUAGUACAGCUGUUUUCAUUCGAGAUCUUCCAUCAGAAAACAAAAGUAGGCAGGAAUUGAAGAAAACAGCUAUUUCUUUUGUUUCUCCAGAGCUACCUGAGGAUUGCAAGUUCUAUGCAGCUGACACAAAGGAUGAUUUGCACAAGUUCAUGUGGCUUUUCAAGGAGCAGCACCUUUCAUGUCCACAUUGGAGAAACCAGAGGCCUUAUGUUAUGUCUGAGGAGGCCUGCAUAAAACCUGAUGACAGUUCAGGGCUGUGCACAUUGCUUAUGUCUGGAUAUUUACGUGCCCACAAUCUUUCUGUCAACCAGCUUGUCCAUCUGUCAGGUGUUGGUGAUUUUCAGUUGGGUCAAAUUGAUAUCCUCAAGGAUCCUUUUCCUAUUAAUGAGAGGAAAAACUCCAAUGCCAUGGUUUCUGAAGAUAGUGGUAUUCAGAUUGUUGACACCUUUGUUCCAGACCCUUCAAGUCAAGAGCCUUUGCUUGUUGAAAACACCCCAGAUCCACUUGAAGGGGAGCAGACUUGGCCGACAGAAGCUGAGAUGGAAGAAGCCUAUUUGAACAACAAACAGAGAAAGCUAAAAAGAAAGCUUCCUCGAGGCACUUCAGAAUACCAGGCUGCUUGGAUUGUGGAUGAUACAGAUGAUGAAGAUGGUGAUUCUGAGAACGACAACCAGGAUGGUGCUGGAAUGGUUAUAGAUGAGCAAGAUCACUCAGACAAUGGAGGUGAUGGUUCAGAUAUGGAUGUGGUAUCUCACUUUACGGAGAAAUUUGAUGAAGAAACAAUUGGGGGUACCGAGAUGGCAGACGAUGAAAAUUUGACCAAAGAGCAGAUAGAGGCAGAGAUUAAGAAAAUAAAAGAAGCUAACGCUGAAGACGAAGAAUUUCCCGAUGAGGUGGAGACACCCUUAGAUGUCCCAGCAAAAAGGCGAUUUGCAAAAUACAGAGGGCUAAAGUCAUUUAGGACAUCAUCCUGGGAUCCAAAGGAAUCACUGCCACAGGAUUAUGCAAGAAUAUUUGCAUUCGAUAACUUUACAAGAACACAAAAGCAUGUUCUUGCUAAAAUGGCAGAGCGAGAUGAAGGAACCUUGAAGGAUUGUGCUCAAAGAGGAUCAUUUGUGAGGCUCCAUCUGAAAAAUGUUCCUACUGAGAUUGCCUCAAAACUUGUUCAUCCAUCAAGGAGAUUGCCUGUGGUUGUUUCUGGUCUUCUUCAACAUGAGUCAAAAAUAUCGGUUCUCCAUUUCAGCAUAAAGAAACAUGACUCCUAUGAAGCUCCUAUCAAAUCAAAGGACUCCUUAAUUUUCAAUGUUGGGUUCCGGCAGUUUACUGCUAGGCCAUUGUUUUCAACUGACAACAUCAAUUGCAAUAAGCAUAAGAUGGAGAGGUUUCUACAUCAUGGGCGGUUUUCUGUUGCCUCUGUAUAUGCUCCAAUUUGCUUUCCUCCACUCCCUCUUAUUGUUCUAAAGAGCAGAGAUGGGGAGCAGCCUGCCAUUGCUGCUGUUGGUUCACUGAAAAGUGUGGAUCCGGACCGGAUUAUUCUUAAGAAAAUUGUUUUGACUGGUUAUCCUCAACGGGUCUCAAAACUGAAAGCAGUAGUGCGAUACAUGUUCUACAAUCCUGAAGAUGUCAAGUGGUUUAAGCCUGUAGAGUUGUGGACGAAACAUGGUCGACGUGGCCGAAUCAAGGAGACUGUUGGCACUCAUGGUGCUAUGAAAUGCAUAUUCAAUAGCAGCGUCCAGCAGCAUGAUACCGUGUGCAUGAGCCUUUACAAACGCGCUUACCCCAAAUGGCCAGAACAGCUCUACCAGAUAUGAUCAUAUCAGGGUCAUGGAUAUGUGCUUGCACGUUGGCAUGUACGUCUCAAAGUUUUGACAGAUUGAGCUCAUCGAUGUGCUUCCUGAUGCAGCUCAUAUAUGUAUACUAGUGCUAGCAGAAAAAGAAACCUCAUGUCAACAACGACAUGUAGUUAGCUGUAUUCUGUAUGUUAACAUUUGUUUUACGUUAACAGCUAUGAUUUUUGAUUUUUGCUGAUUUUCGGCGUGCUUUCAUCCGCAUUUGUGAUUGAUUGAGCCGGUAAUUCAAGCUGCAAUGUUACAAGA